AUGGCCUUACUCGCUACCUCAGUCCCUAUGGACAACCGCAAUAGAUUUGACUCGCUACCAACCGAGAUACAAGCUUGCAUCUUGAAGAGUCUUCCAGACAUAAAGACAUUGCUGACUUUACUACGUGCUUCGCCUAGGUUUCUUCAGGUUUACCGGCAAGUACGUCAGGACGCCAUAUCCAGCAUUGUUUGCAACCAGAUCACCCCAGCUGCAUUACCUCUUGCAAUAUCGGUGCUCAACCUCAAGCACAUGAGAUCAUAUCGGCACCCUCGUUCGGAUGUGUUUACGUUUUUAGAGACCUUCAAGCAAUCCCCACCAAACUUGCCGGAGAAACGAUUGUCCCUAGAAAAUGCAAAAGAAUUGUUAAGAGUGCAAUAUUUAGUGGAAUAUUUUGUAGAAGAGUUUCUCACUGAUCGACUUAAGAAUUUAUCCGAGCAUCUCCCUCAAAUAACCCCGGCUAUGGUCGAGGGUAAGGAGGUGAUUGACUUCACCGGCCUUGAACGCCAAAGACUAUUUAGAGCCUUUUACCACAUGGAACUAUACGGCAUUCUUUUUGAAGACUCCGAAACAAUGACGGACAACAUAACCGCGGAACAACAAUCCUCUCUUUUCCUUACAAAACUCUCGGACUGGGAACAAGAAGAGUUUCUUUGCGUACGGCAAUUCCUUUUCGAUGGGUUCUCGAGUCAUCUCGACCGCGUUGAAGAAGAUUUUACAAUAGCGUACAAAGAAGAUGGGCCACCUGAGGAUGUCGUCAACUGUGCCUACGACCACCGCUUCGAUAUCAAUUAUGGUGAGUUCUACUACUUUUUCUCCAUGGACGGCCACUCCGCUGGUGUUCAAUAUGCUUGGAUGGAGGAAUGUUUACUUAGAGGUCUGCUUAACUGGGGAGACGUCUGGAAAGCAAAAGACGCCGACACAAGAGAAGAUUCACUAGGUGAUCUUAAUCUUUUCCGUCAAGGAAAUAAUAUGAAGGAAGCUGUCAAUUUACUGCCUCUCCUUCAAUACCAACCGGAAACCGAAAUCCCCACGGGUCAGGACUCUAUCGAAACUUCCAAUGCUGCGUGGCCAUGGGCAUUGCAACAGUUGCCACGCUCUCCACUAGUUGUAUCAGAAUCUUGGUCUCGCAUUAGCCAGUUUGAAGGACUUAGGAGCUGGGGUUAUGCGAUAUGGAGCAACGAGACACUCGAAUUAUUUGGUUUGCUUGAGAAAAGAGAUCCCGUGGGAUGGGUUUAUAACAAAACGAUUCCCAAGUCACUAAAGUACCAUACACCGUCAAGGUAUGAUAGAAAGCGGAGGGGCGGUCCUUCUGUGGAAUCCCGUACUCACAGUUCCAUUUACGACGUGUGGAGAAAGAAAGCUUUGGAUGCUGUUCCAGUAGAGAAGCUGGUUCAAGAGACCACUGCAAUUCGCUGA